AUGCCGCCGCCGCCGGCCCAUCGGAGCGGCAUUUCGGACCAGUCCGGCGGCCUUUUAGGCGGCGGCAGCGCUGCCGGCAGCAAGCAGCCGCCCGUAGCGCGGGCCAUUGAUGCUCCGACGCCCAUACUACCCGAGGUAUUCUUGUUGAUUUCGCACCGCCACAUGGCCAAAACCCGCGGCUGCACCCUCGACACGCCCGACUGCCCUGCUGCAAUGGCCUACCGCGUCGCCAUCCCGCCUGUCAGCGUAGUGUUGAGCGAGCGCACCACCCAGUACCCGCAAUCGCCCGCCCUCUCGUCGCCCUCGCUGCUGCUGCUCCUCCCCGGACUUGGCACAUGA